AAUUGUCGUGAAAACGUGUGUCUGCAAAGUGUUUUGUAACCUGUAUUUAAGCAUGCUUUUAUCGUGCUUCUCCCCCAAAAGCCGGCAAAUGUGACUUAAACGCCGAGCAAUUGAAAACCUUAGCCUUACUGUCGACGCACAAGAUCCCAGAAAACCUCCCAGGACUCCCCAUUUCUAGCUAAGAAACGAACGCACAAUGAACUUCACCCCGUUUGGCAACACCUUUCCCGGCAACAUUCCCGGCCUGCCGCAGUUCACGACAAGCACGGCGCCCCUGGUUUCCACGGUGACAGCCGCCGUGACGGACGUGACCGUGACUGCCACCAACAAUCCGCAGCAGCAACAGCAGCAGCAGCAGCAGGAUGCCGCCGGCAGCAGCAAUCGCUACCAGCAGCAACAGCAACAGGUAGCGCACUUUGGCCAGGCCACCAUGACUUCGGGCCAGGGCAGCAGUGGCAACAAGUUCCGCGACGGUCAGGAGGAUGCUCUUCAGGGUGACAAGUACAAUGGCCACUUGGUGGCAUCCGCCCAACAGCAGCAGCAGCAGCAACAGCAACAACAGCAGCAGCAGACGCAGUAUGCAACUGUUGCGUACGCAAGUGCAACAGCCACGAGUGCCGCGGCGGAUGCGCUGCAGGCGAGCACUUCCGGCCAGCAGCAGCAGCAGAUGCAGCAGCAACAGGUCACCGCCCCGCAGGAACUCACCCAGGAUCUGUGCAACGCCAUCCUGCAGCAACAAGUACUUCAGAAUACCUCGUGGCAAACUCUGACGCCGGGCACCACAGUGGCCGACUACCUUUCGCAUCUUCCAGCCAACACAUUGCCCCUGUCGCUGCACCACUUCCUCAAGUAUUCCGCGGAGACGAUAAAAAAAGAGAACCAGCAAAAUGUGGUACUGCAGGUGCAGACGGGACCAGCCAUCGGGAUCAACACCCUGGGCACGACAACCAUUAGUAUACCUCAGCAGGAGCAGUUGACCCUGCAGCCGCAGCAGCAGCAGCAGCAGACGACGUUGCAGGUGCAGACGCAGUCGGCGGCUGUUACGGCGACGGCGACGGCGACGACGGCGGCGACAGGGACGACGGCCGGCGGAUCCGGCGGAACUACGGGCAAGAAGAAGAAGCGCAAAAAGCGAAGCAAGGACCGGAAACCGAAGCUGCGACCCGGCGAGAUUCGCCUGGGAACGGCGCUGGACGGGAGUCCGCUGUACAUGUGCCCCGAAUGCCAUGUGGCGUAUCCGGAACCGGAACUCCUCGAGGUCCACCUGGUGGGCCACAACCUGGAGAAGCGGUACGUGUGCGACAUCUGCCAGGCGUCGCUGAAGCGCAAGGACCACCUCACCCGCCACAAACAGUCGCACAAUCCGGAGAGGCCGUACAUCUGCACCGUUUGCCUGAAGGCCUUCAAGCGGAAGGAGCAACUCAGCCUGCACUUUGUGAUCCACUCGGGCGAGAAGCGCCACCAGUGCGGCGAGUGCGGCAAGGGUUUCUACCGCAAGGAUCACCUGCGCAAGCACACCCGCUCCCACAUCGCUCGCAGGGUCAAGGCCGAGUUGAAUAGCCAUGUGCGACGGGAGAAUGGCACCAGCAUGUUGCAACCAGUCGUCACGGAGGCAACGACGGCUGCCUUGCAACAUGCCAAUCAGUUGGCCAACGCGCAGCAGCAGUUGCAGCAGCAGCAGCAGCAACAGCAGCAGCAACAGCAACAGCAGCAACAUCACAUUGUGAUCACGCAGCAGCAACAGGCGCCGCAGCAACAGCAGCAGCAGCAGCAGCAGACUUCGCAGCAGCAGCAGCAACAGCAGCAAAUGAUAAAUUAGCCAAAUGAUUUUUGUAAAGUCAGUUAAAGCAAAAUUCAAUUUAGUCUCAUCUGAACCCUCAAAUGGGUUUGGCUGCUCAAAAAAAAACAUAACUCUCUCGGUCCACACAAUUUAAUUGACUCUCACAAAUCGGAUAAUACAAACAGGAGGAUGUUAGCUAAUGUCUUCGAGGAUAUCCCCCUGGGAAAUCUCAACGUUGUACAAUUUUAAUCGUAAGUCCACGAUGAUAAUAGGGAUCGACCAUUAAUAAAUACACACUCAUUGGGAUUGAAAUUAUUUUCAAGAUUUAUGUUUCAAAAUGAUAGGAAUUCAAAUUAUAAUGAAACUAAUAACAGAUCCUCCGUCGUUAAGAAAAAUCAUUGUUUUAAAAUGAUUUGAAUUAAAAUACAAUAAAAUGAAUAAUAAUAAUUAAUAAUUUGCAACAUCUAUGAACUCAAGAACAACGAUAAAUUUUCAUAACAACUUCAAUAGAUAAAUAUUAUGGUCGAUCCCAGGCCUUUGUCCGCCCUAACAUUCCAUACUUUAAUUUAAGACAAAUGUGCAAAGGAAUAAUAAUUUUAUACGCAAUGUAUUUUAGUGAAAUGUAUUUUUCUACAAUUAGAAUCAAUGUUGUAUGGUAUAUAUGUCUGUCCAUAUGUACAUACACCUGUACGAAUCCUUGAAUAACGUUCACUGGCAGCGAACUAUAUAUUUAUAUACUAUGUAAACAAACGCAAUUUAGAUUUACACUUAAAUGUAUGGACCCUAAACCCGAGUCCCAAAAACCUUGUAAAUAUGCAGUAAAUUAUAUAAUUUGA